AUGUCAUUCGAAUCUUACUUAAAAAAAGCCAUUCAAGAUUUAACUUUAGGCUUAACCUUCAAUGUAUAUGAUAUCAAAUCAAACUUAUUUCAUUGUCCUAAGCCGUUGAUUAAAAAACACGAAGGAGAGACAUUGUGUCGUCAUCGUUUAAUUCUUGUCUCUACAGAAUCUGAAGGAUUUCUUUCUGGAUUAGAAACGUAUGAGUACAUACUAAGUGGAAAAGAUGUAUUAAAAGAGAAAUAUAUUACUUAUAUAUCAAAAGUGGACACAACAACUACUUUGAAAAAAUAUCAGGGUUUGACUGCUCGCAUCGUUCAAUCUUACAUUGCCAGUUUACCUUCAUCUACUUCAGUAUUUGUGUUUGCUAGAGCUCAGCCUCAAUACUUAUUUGCUAAAUCAGCUGAAAAUAAAUUAAAAUCGACUUUAAGUGAUCGCGAUUUAGUUUCUUGGUGGCUCUCAGUCUUGAAUAAGACUCCAGUGGAAUGUGAUGGCUGGUGGUCUGUACCAGGUAUAGACGAUGAAGGAAGUGCAUUAAUUGAAAUAGGGGCUAGGAAAAGAGGUUGGAAAUCAUCUGAACUUAUUUGUUGGCAAUAUGGAGUAUCUUAUAAACCUGAAGAUGACGCUAAUUUAGUUAUUCCUCGAUUUGAGGAUGAUGCAAAGUCGCGUUUGCUCAAAAAUAAUAAGCAAGAUAAAUUAACGAUAACCGAGUUUUGGAAUUUAUUAGCGUUUGGAGAAGAAUGUGGAUCAGGCAAGAUAACAGGAUUUUUUGAAAUAAGAAUUAAAGGACAAAAUACAGCAAUGUUAUUAGAAAAAGGUCAAGAAAAGUUGGAUUUAAAGGAUAAUGAAUUUACUUUAUUUUGGAAUAAGCUCAUGUCAUUAGAUUUUCAUGACGAAAUAUCCAUCUUGAAUUCAACAAAGACAGCUUUGAAGGAUUUACAAGACAUGUUUCCAAAUAUUAAACCAUUUAUUGCUAAAGGAGUAGCAGAUCAACCAAAAAUAAGUAAUUCUGAUUCGAGUGCAGAUAAGCGUCCUGCUGUGAAUAUGCUUUCUAGCGGUUUUAUUAAGCGAAAAAAGAUUUAA